AUGAUUUUGGCCAAAACUGUUACAGCACAGAAAAUGGUGGCUCACGCUGGCAUCAAUGAGUGCAUCCCUGGCUACAGCAUCCCUGGCUGCAGCAUUGCUGUUUACAACAUCUCUGGCUGCAGCAUCCCUGGCUGCAACAUCCCUGGCUACAGAAUCCCUGACUGCUGCAUGGCUGGCUGCAGCAUCGCUGGCUGUAGCAUUCCUGACUGCAUCAUUCCUGGCUGCAUCAUCCCUGGCUACAGAAUCCCUGACUGCUGCAUUCCUGACUGCAACAUCCCUGGCUGCAGUAUUGCUGGCUACAGCAUCCCUGGCUGCAGUAUCCUUCACUACAGCAUCCCUGAGUGCAGCAUCCCUGGCUACAAGAUCCCUGACUGCUGCAUCGCUGGCUGCAGCACUGAUGGCUGUAGCAUUCCUGACUGCAUCAUCCCUGGCUGCAACAUCCCUGGCUACAGCAUCCCAGCUGCAGCAUCCAUCACUGCAGCAUCCCUGGCUGCAUCCUUGGCUGCCCUCGGCACUCAGUGA